AUGGCAAAUACCACUUCUCUAACACUACCAUCAACAAAGCUAGAAUUCGCAUUUCUAUCCCCACAAAGAAAAAACUAUAGCAGGAGCUUGAGUACGGCAACAACAGUGUCGUCACCAAUAUCCCUCCCUCUCCCUUUUACCAAUAAAAUCCCUUUUCACAGUAACUUCAGCACUGUUUCUCAUACCAGUUGGAAACUUUCAGGUCUUAAAUCGAAUGGGUUUUUGGUACAUUCUUCUGCAAGUGAUUAUUCAGUCAAUAACAGUCAGAUUGAUGCGAAUAAUAUCAGUUCAUCAAGUGAAGGAGCCAAUGAACCUCAAGUUCAAAGCAGUGUGUGGAAAUGGAAGGGGUAUUCUAUUCGCUAUCAGUUUGCUGGGAACAAUGGCCCUGCUCUAGUUUUAGUUCAUGGUUUUGGAGCAAACAGUGACCAUUGGAGGAAAAAUAUUCCAGUUCUUGCAAAAUCACAUAGAGUAUACUCAAUUGAUCUCAUUGGUUAUGGAUACUCAGAUAAACCAAAUCCUCGGGAAUUUGGAGACAACUCAUUUUAUACAUUUGAUACAUGGGCUAGCCAGCUAAAUGACUUUUGUGUUGAUGUAGUCAAAGACGAGGCUUUCUUCAUAUGCAAUUCGAUAGGAGGAGUUACUGGUCUUCAGGCAGCAGUUACAGAGCCACAGAUCUGUAAGGGCAUCAUGUUGUUAAAUAUAUCCUUGCGUUUGCUUCACAUUAAAAAGCAGCCACGGUUUGGAAGGCCUUUUAUCAGAUCAUUCCAAAGUUUGCUAAGGAAUACCGCUUUGGGCAAAUUUUUCUUCAAAUCAGUUGCCACUUCAGAGUCUGUGAGAAGUAUUCUUUGUCAGUGUUAUCAUGACACUUCCCAGGUGACAGAGGAGCUUGUACAGAAGAUCCUUCUUCCAGGACUUGAGCCUGGUGCCGCAGAUGAGCUACUGCCUCAGGUGAAGUGUCCUGUUUCGAUAGUAUGGGGGGACAAGGAUCCAUGGGAACCCAUUGAACUUGGACGAGGCUUUAGAAAUUUCGACUCUGUAGAAGAUUUCAUUGCCCUCCCUAAUGUUGGCCACUGCCCUCAGGAUGAAGCACCUCAUCUCGUGAACCCACUUGUUGAGUCAUUUGUAGCACGCCAUUCAACACCCGCAGCAAAGGUUUCAACUGUCAUCUGA